AUGGGUGUUACUGGCCUUUGGACCGUUUUACAACCCUGCGCGCGGCCGAUUAAGAUUGAGACGCUGAACAAGAAACGACUGGCUGUCGAUGCGUCCAUCUGGAUCUACCAGUUCCUCAAAGCCGUGCGCGACAAGGAAGGAAAUGCGUUGCGGAACAGCCAUAUCGUCGGCUUCUUCCGCCGAGUAUGCAAGCUACUUUUCAUCGGCAUAAAGCCUGUGUUCGUCUUUGACGGGGGCGCCCCGGCCCUGAAGCGACAGACUAUCCGCCACCGGAAGUCGCGCCGGGAGGGCAGACGAGAUGAUGCACUCAAGACAGCCGGGAAGUUGUUGGCAAUACAGAUGCAGAGGGCUGCGGAGGAAGAGGAUAGGAAGAGGAAGGAAGCUGCCAAACAUCCACGGGAAAACCAGCAAGACGAGGAGAUACCUGAAAACUUGGUCUAUGCAGACGAACUACUCAAAACGCCCCAGGAACGGACUCAGAACCACACAUUCAAAAGAAAAGAUCAAUAUCAUUUGCCAGACCUGGGAAAGUCCAUGUCGGAAAUGGGCGCUGCGAACGACCCCAGAGUCAUGUCUCUAGAGGAACUGGAAGAGUAUGCACGGCAGUUCGAUAGAGGCGAAGAUAUCAAUGUUUAUGAUUUCUCCAAGAUCGACUUUGAUGGCCACUUUUUCCAAAGUUUGCCACCCGCCGAUCGCUAUAAUAUCCUGAACGCAGCCAGGCUGCGAAGUCGGCUGAGGAUGGGUCACUCGAAGGAACAACUCGAUGCAAUGUUUCCCGACAGAAUGGCGUUCUCCAAGUUCCAGAUUGAGCGUGUGCGCGAACGUAAUGAACUUACGCAACGCUUGAUGAAUCUCAACGGCAUGAACGAUGAUGCCUUUGGAAGUGGUGGUUUCAAUCGCGUUGCUGGUGAGAGAGACAGGGAGUAUGUCCUUGUAAAGAAUGACGGGGUUGAGGGUGGUUGGGCCCUUGGAGUGGUCUUGAACAAGGAAGCUGGAAAAGCCCACAAACCAAUCGAGGUAGAGCCGCCACAACCCCCAGCUAAAGAUGAUGAUGAAUGGGAAGACGAUGAAGAUUUUGAGGACGUGCCAAUUGAGGGCUUGAAUCGACUCCCUAAACCUAAAGCAGGAUUGAGUGCCCAGGAAAAGGAAGGUCGUGAAUUCAUUGCAAAUGAGUUGGCAACACGGCGUCGGCGGCUUUACAGAUCAAGGAAGGAAAUGCCAAAGCAGUCUGCGCCCAAGAGGGCCGUGCCUGUGGAUCAAAAUCCCGAUUCGUUGUUCCUUGCUGAUGACAACGACGACCAAGACUGGAUGGACGUGCAUGUUAGUGGCAGCAAUAAUUUGGCCGAGGAGGCGGGCGACGAACUUGAGAACGAACAGUUGCAGCAAGCGAUUGCAUUGUCAAUGCAAUCAGGAGUACAACAACAUCAAGAAACUGCUGAAGAGUCUGAAGAAGAUCCAGUUCGCGAGGUUUUUCAACAAAGGCGUGCUGAAGAAACUAAUCCCUUCGCCAGGACCAAGGGCUCUGGACUUGCUAUUGGAAGGCUUGCCAAUCAACGAAGUAGCAAACUAGCUACGAAGGGCCCUUUUGAAGGUAGUGAUAGCGAAGAUGAGAUGGACCUUCAGGGUGCGCUUGCAGAGUCUCGCAAGUCAAAACGUCCUACCAACGUACAAAAACCAUCCUCUCAAUCUAACGCUCAGAAUUCUUCAUCAACUGUCGAAUCUGCGCCAGGAAAGAUCAACUCCUCGGGCUUCGAUGGGCCUCUUCCGUUUGAGAGACUCAAUUUGGGUAACUCCCUGCUUGGCAAGAAAAAGAUGGAAAAGUUGGAGGCUGAGAAUGCUGGAGGCUUCGAGAAAAACUACGCAGAGGAAAAAAAGACCGCAGCACCACUUCCGCCUUGGUUCAACGCGUCACGGGAUAUUGCUUCAGAAGUCAACUCUCAACGACAAGAAGAGAAGUUGUUAUGGGAGGAAGCUCGUCAAGAAGAAAAGAACAGGUUCCAGUUCCAAGAACUCCCGAGUUUGCGCAAGCAAGAUACAAAGGAAGUCAUUGACCUAGAUGCACCCGCGAGUCAAAGCCAGAAGCAAGUGAUAGCGAUCGACUCAGAUGAAGAUGCUGAUGCCCAGAUGGAGGAUGUACAAACUAGAGAAACUGAGUUGAAGAUGGGUGAUCUGGCCGACAAAGUUAGAGCAGAGCCACCAAAACCGCUUUUCUCUCAUCAGCCAUCGCCACCUCCUCAAGAUCCUGCCUUGCUGAAGAAGAUUCCAUUCGCCGAGGAUUCUGAUGAACAGCCAGUGGACUGGUCGGAGAGUGAGCCGGAAGACGAAAAGCACGCGCGACAGAAAGUAACAAGCGAUGUGGAGCCAAAGUCAGAGGCACGGCAAGCUUCUGAAACUCCAUCUGACGAAUUUGAAGAUGAUGUACCUUUGCAAGGUGAAACUAAUUCAGCGCCCGAGCAGUCAAAGUCCCCAUCGCCUGAAUUUGAGGACGUCCCGAUUAGACAGGAAAAGCCGCGUCAACCCCAAAGAGAGUUUUCGCCAUUACAGGGUCCAGAAGACCUUACCAAGCCAAUUGUCCCAUACAGUGGCGUUGCUGACGACAGUAUUCCUAUGGAUAUUGCAGAAGGUAAUGAUUCUGACCAAUACUCUGAUCCAGAAGAUGAAGAGCUAUUUGCAUCUCUCGCCAAAGAGGCAGAAGAGCAUGCCCGGUUUGCCCAGGAACUAAGCAACAACACCGCCGCACGGGUAGACUUUGACGAAGAACUCAAGCAACUACGUGCUCAGCAGAAAAAAGACCGUCGAGACGCCGACGAAGUCACACAAACAAUGAUUUCCGAGUGCCAACAGCUCCUCGCCCUAUUCGGCCUCCCAUACAUCACCGCGCCCAUGGAAGCCGAAGCCCAAUGCGCCGAACUUGUUAACCUAGGCCUCGUCGACGGCAUCGUAACCGACGACUCGGACACGUUCCUCUUCGGCGGCACCCGCGUCUAUAAAAACAUGUUCAACGCCGCCAAAUUCGUCGAAUGCUACCUCUCCUCCGACCUAACCUCUGAAUUCAGCCUCACCCGCCAAAAACUAAUCGACAUCGCCCAACUCCUGGGUUCCGACUACACAGAAGGCAUACCGGGCAUCGGGCCCGUGACCGCACUAGAAAUCCUCUCUGAGUUUCAAGAUCUGACCGCGUUCAGAAAGUGGUGGGACGGCGUACAAAACGGGUCUAUCAAAAAAUCCGACGACGCCCAAUCGUCGUUUCGACGACGCUUCCGUAAAAAUCAAGCUACUAAGCUUUUCCUACCUGCUUCUUUUCCAGACCCAAGGGUAGCAGACGCAUAUCUCAACCCAGAAGUCGACUCCAGCCCCGAGCCCUUCCAAUGGGGCGUCCCCGAUCUCGCUGCUCUGCGCGCGUACCUCAGUUCGCAGAUUGGAUGGAGCACCGAGCGCACGGACGAGGUGCUUGUGCCUGUUAUCCGCGAUAUGAAUCGUAGGGAGAAGGAGGGGACACAAGCGAAUAUUACGAGGUUUUUUGAGGGGAGUGUUGGGGCGGGGGCGUUUGCACCGAGGGUUAGGGGGGCGGAGGCGGGUGGGCCGAGUGGGAAGAGGAAGGGGAAGGGUGCUGCGGGGAAGAGGUUGGGGGCUGCAUUG